GAUCGGUGGUGCGCUGUGUCCAAUCAACGGAAAGAGUCAAAGACAUUGGCUCUGUCGUGUGAUCAGCUGUGUCCAAUCACAGCUGAUCACAUGGCACUGAUGAUCAGUGUGCCCUGAUGAUCAGUGUAGCCCCAGCAGUGCCACCUGCCAAGUGCCAUCAAUGCUACCUGUCAGUGCUCAUCAAUGCCACCUGCCAGUGCCCAUCAGUGCCAUAUCAAUGCCACAUUUCAGUGCCCUACCAGUGCACAUCCAUGCCAAAUAUCAGUGCCCAUCUGAGCUGCCUUUCAUUGCCACCUAUCAAUGCCAGUCAAUGCAGCUAUCAGUGCUGCCAAGUCAGUGCCACCUAUCAGUCGUUAGUGUGCCUAUCAGUGUGCAUCAGU